UUGUUUUGCUGAACCAUAUCUUUACUUCAUAUCAUUAAACUCUUGUUCAAAUAUAUAUAUUUCCACUAUAAUCUUUGAACACACAUAAGAAGAAGAAGACAAUGGAGUUUGAAGAUUUUACGAUACAAAUAGUAACAGCUAUAGGUUUCAUAUCCGUUUUGAAGUCCUCCGUCAAAUUCCUGAGAUGGGUGUGGGUCAUGUUCUUGAGAUCCCCAAAGAAUCUCAAGGAAUACGGCUCAUGGGCCGUGGUCACUGGAGCCACAGACGGAAUAGGCAAAGCCCUGGCAUUCGAGCUAGCCUCAAAGGGUCUUAACUUAGUCUUGGUGGGUCGAAAUCCAUCCAAACUCCAAACCACUUCAAUGGAGAUCAUAUCAUCAUCAUCAUCAUCAGUUGAAGUGAAAACCCUUGUGGUUGAUUUGGCCAAGUGUAGUGGGAAACAAAUAGUUGAGAUUAUAGACAAGGAAAUAAAGGGCUUAGACGUUGGAAUCUUGGUCAAUAAUGCUGGUUUAGCUUACCCUUAUCCAAGAUUCUUUCUUGAUGUGGAUUUGGAGCUAAUGGAGGAUAUUUUUAAGGUGAAUAUGGAGUCAGCUACAUGGAUGGUUCUCUCAGUUCUUCCUGGUAUGUUGAGAAAGAAGAAAGGAGCUAUUCUCAACAUUGGCUCUGCUUCCUCUACUAUUGUUCCUUCUUACCCUUUGUUCACACUUUAUGCUGCUACAAAAGCAUACCUGGCCAUGUUGUCAAGAAGUAUCAGUGUAGAAUACAAGCAUAGUGGAAUCGACAUUCAGUGCCAGAUUCCAGUAUUUGUGGCCACAAAGAUGACAAAGCUAAAAGAAAGCUCAAUCUUCAUAGCAUCUCCUGAAACAUACAGCAAAGCAAGUGUAAGAAGCAUUGGGUAUGAGCAAAUCUGUACCCCUUACUGGGCUCACUCUCUCCAAUGGUUCAUAGCAAAUGCAUUGCCUGAUACUUUACUCAAUUGGGGCAUUCUUUCCUACUUUGUUGCUGUAAAUAAGGUGGCAAAACUCAAAGAGUCUAAGAAAAAGGCAGAACAACAGAAAACUGCUGUUGAUGAGUCAAAUUAGAGUAUGAUAAACUACUUACCUACUUUCUUGAAGAUUUACUAGCUCCUUGUUUAUUUUAAAGAUUAGGUAACUUAGUAUGAGGGAUUCUUCAAACUAUUUUGUUUUGUUGUCCCACUUUUUGUGACUUUGUUAUGAAAUAUAGGUUUAAUUCUGUUGGUAUGUAAUUGGAGCUUUAUUAUCUUGCUGCUCAGCUA